AUAUUUUGCGUAGCAAUAGUGCUAGUAGAUCAGGCACAUGCUACGAUAAAGAUCCUGACUGUUCCAAUGAUAUCUGUGAAAAUUAUCCCUAUACGGCCAAAGAACGAUGUCCAAAAUUUUGUGGUUUAUGUCAUCAUCAUUCGUCGACAGAAUUCUCAUCGUCACAUCAGCAAAGUUCAACAUUGGGAAGUGGGAUUAUUGAAAAAGGAAGAAAACUGUUGAAUUCUUGUGUCGAUAAAGACUCUGAUUGUACCGCGGAAAUUUGUCGUAAUUAUCCAUUUACGGCAAGAGAUCGGUGUGCCAAGACAUGUGGUCUAUGUUCCGAAGAUAUCUCUAGUUCAACUACAUCAAGUCAUCACACAGCGAUUGGAAUAGGCAAAUCUAAAGGAGGAUUGCCCAGAACCGGAAAUGCUCUCAUUAACCGUGGUAUGUGUUUCGACAGAAAAUUCGAUUGCAGAAAGGAAACAUGCCGAGAUUUUCCAUUUACCGCUAGAGAGGAGUGCGCUAAAACAUGUGGAUUUUGUACUGCCGAUGUGACGAGCAUUCCAUCCAUGCCAUCUUCUUCGCCUGGUAUAGCUUUUGAUACAAUGUCACGAAGUCAUCAUGCAUCUAUUCGGAUAAAUGAGCGUGAUGGUAUUAGUGCAAGUAGCGGAAAUGGUCCUAUUAGUAGUGGUAUGUGUUUCGACAGAAAAUUCGAUUGCAGAAAGGAAACAUGCCGAGAUUUCCCAUUUAUCGCUAGAGAGGAAUGCGCUAAAACAUGUGGAUUUUGUACUGCCGAUGUAACGAGCAUUCCAUCUUUGCCACCUUACUCGUCUGGUACAGCUUUUAGUACAAUAUCACCAAGUCGUUAUGCAUUUAUUCGGAUAAAUGAGCGUGGUGGUAUUAGUGCAAGUAGCGGAAAUGGUCCUAUUAGUAGUGGUUUGUGUUUCGACAGAAAAUUCGAUUGCAGAAAGGAAACAUGCCGAGAUUUCCCAUUUACCGCUAGAGAAGAAUGCGCUAAAACAUGUGGAUUUUGUACUGCCGAUGUAACGAGCAUUCCAACCCUGUCACCUUACUCGUCUGAUGCAGAUUUUGGCACAAUGUCAUCAAAUCGUCAUGCAUCUAUUCGGAGAAAUGAGCGUGGUGGUAUUAGUGCAAGUAGCGGUAUUUCACAUCAAUCCUCUAAAUAUAAUGGUUUUAAAACCUCUCACAAUACCUCGUCACACUCUACGCUUUUAAAAGACAAGGACUUAGAAUGCGUUGAUUUGAACAUCGAUUGCACUCAACAAACUUGCAAAGACUACCCUUUCACUGCUAGACAACGUUGCGCCAAAACUUGCGGAUUCUGUCACAAACAACCGAAUGCUGGCGGUGAUACAACGAAUGUUGGAAAUCGACAUUCAUCUCUGGACAGAAUUUCAGCGGGAAGCAGGACCCCUGAAUUAGAUCGAAGUGAUAGCUCACUACGAAGAAAUACAUUAUCGGCAACCGCUGGAGAUUGCAGGGAUGAGGAUUCUCAAUGUUCAGAACGAUCAUGCCUGGAGCAACCAUAUAAAGCGCAAACAAGAUGCGCUAAAACUUGCGGUUUUUGUGGUGAAAAAAGCUCACAAGGUUCGAUGAUCGAUCUCGAAUCUCCUUCUGUGGAUAGUUCAGAUGACGGCAUUGUAAUUACUCUCGAAAGUGAUGAUACUGAUAGUAGUCCGCCAACAGCGACAUCUGGGCGUCCUUUGACCACUGGAUAUGGUGAUGAUGGUACAUGGGCGCAAAACUCGCAGGACUCAUCCAUUAGCAGACGCAUUGAUUCAUCCCGUAGAUCUUCAUCAUCAGCACAUAUACAGCAAUCAACAAAGAGACCAUACUUGGGAGCUCAAAGAAGAUAUCCUGGCAGAACAGGCCCAUGUUCUGAUGAAAAUACAUACUGCGAGAAGGAAGACUGCUAUAAAUAUCCAAAAUUUUCUCAAAGAUAUUGUGAAAAAACUUGCAAUUAUUGUUAA